AACGGGGAAAAUCGAUAGACAACUCCGCAGAUAGGCGGAGCAAAGCCACCCCUACCAAAGUUCCGGCAAAUCCGAGAAGCUCCAGACAAACAAACUCCGGGUUGUUCGGUUUAGGGGGUUGGAAACGCAUUCCGGUGUUCUUUUAGUAGUUCCUAAUAGUCUGCACGUGUCGAUUGUUCCUGGGACAUGUCCAGCACGUGCCAUUCUUUACCGAACAAACACCGUAUAACAAGUGUGCAUUGAAUCGGGAUUUGAAUGUGAAAGUUGCGGAAUUUGGAAAAUGUUUAACAUGGACCAUUUAGAUAUCGACGCUGUUAAUCGGCAGUUUUUCUUCGAUGCCAGUCCGUACAUUUCCAGCAAUGGGAACAGCAAUAGUUCGACGGGAUCAUCCAAUAGUAGUGAUUUGUUUUUGUACGAUGAAAAUAGCAGUGAUUCGGCUUUGUCGAGUUAUUCGUUUAAUAGUGAUCAGGAGAAUGUUGGAACUAAUCCCAAAGAAAGAUCGCAUCGCCAUCGAAGAAAGAACAAAUGCCCUCAACAACAAAUCCAACAGCGACAGGCGGCCAAUCUUCGCGAACGAAAACGAAUGCAAUCCAUCAAUGAUGCUUUUGAGGGUCUUCGAGCCCACAUACCAACUUUACCGUACGAAAAACGUCUUUCAAAAGUGGACACAUUAAAGCUCGCAAUUGGUUAUAUCAAUUUUCUCAGCGAAUUAGUGAAAGCGGAUAGAAACUCAAAUACCGAGUACUUUAAUGGAAACCGAAGAUCGUCGCAGAAGGAUGAACCUAAGAAGAUCAUUGUUCGAGGUGCUGGUGGUUUAUACACAGCCCAUUCUCUCUCCUGGUCCAGGAACAAGGAACCAAACGCGAACGGAAUGAUGCACGCUAAAGUCUGGGUUCCAGAAGAUCCCCGGACGAAUAAAGAUGGUUCUAGUUCUUCGUUUAUCUCGGACUAAUUCCCAAGCAACAUUUGCAAUUUAUACCAAAGGCACACUCUAGUCACUUUUGUUUUAUUUAUAUUGAUUUUUAUUUACCUCUUUGUUAAUUUGUUGCUGUAAAUAUGUAUAGAAAAAAUAAAAACAUCGUUUAUAUACACAUA